AUGGAGGCCAGCGACCCUUGCCCAUCGUCUUGCCGUCUCUUCGUUACGGACCGGGAUACGAAAACGCAAUAUUUGGUCGACACGGGAGCAGACCUAUGCGUUUUUCCACGUGCAGUAACACGCGGACGACGUCCCAAAACAUCGUACGAACUUUACGCGGCCAACGAUUCAACCAUCGCGACGUACGGUUUCGAAACACUCACGCUCAACCUCGGACUUCGCCACGCUUACUCGUGGCGUUUCGUUAUCACUGAUGUCACAAAACCGAUAAUCGGAGUCGAUUUCUUGCAUCAUUAUGGUUUAUUGAUCGAUAUUCGGAAUCAAAAACUUAUCGAUAGCCUCACAACCCUCUCAGUGCAAGGGAAAGUCUCUGAGUGUGAUACGAGUUUGCUAAGCAUUCGAGCCAUUUCAGGAUCUUCUCCCUGUCAUAAAAUUCUGCAAGAGUAUCCAAAAAUCACCCAACCAAAUGGCUUUAUCGUCGAACCUAAGCACUCGACGAAACAUUAUAUCAACACAACAUCUGGACCACCCGUUUCUGAGGGACCUCGACGAUUGGCUCCAGAUAAAUUGAAGCUGGCCAAACAGGAAUUCCAAACCAUGCAAGAGAUGAAAAUUGCUCGUACUUCGAAUAGCAACUGGUCUUCACCCUUGCAUAUGGUACCAAAAAGCGAGGGGAAUGGCGACCUUGCGGAGAUUAUCGGAGACUCAACGCACGGACCAUCCCGGAUAGGUACCCAGUACCCCACAUCGGAGAUUUCGCCCAAUCUCUACACGGAAAGAAGAUCUUCACAACAAUUGACCUUGUGA